UGCGGCAGCCAGCCACUUCCCACAACAUCAGACAUCAUGGCAGCUGCGUCGCAGUGUACCGGCGGUGCUGAGGAGGUUUUAACGGAGGAACAGGAGAGCUCAGCGGCGGGGGAAGACAGCGGGGCACCGGGUGCUGGAGCCCGGGAUAAACCCGUGUGUCUCAUCGUGCUGGGCAUGGCGGGCUCCGGGAAAACCACCUUCGUUCAGAGGCUGACAGCUCACCUUCACAAUCUCAAAGCUCCUCCCUACGUCAUCAACCUGGACCCGGCCGUCCAUGAAGUCCCGUUUCCUGCUAACAUCGACAUCAGGGACACGGUGAACUACAAGGAGGUGAUGAAGCAGUACGGCCUCGGACCAAACGGAGGCAUCGUGACAUCACUCAACCUGUUCGCUACACGCUUCGAUCAGGUGAUGCAGUUCAUCGAGAAGAAGCAGCAGAAUCACAAGUACGUGCUGAUUGACACCCCGGGUCAGAUCGAGGUCUUCACCUGGUCGGCGUCUGGAACCAUCAUCACAGAGACUCUGGCGUCGUCUUUCCCCUGCGUGGUCAUUUACGUGAUGGACACGUCCCGCAGCGUCAACCCCGUCACGUUCAUGUCCAACAUGCUCUACGCCUGCAGUAUUCUCUACAAGACCAAGCUGCCCUUCAUCGUGGUCAUGAACAAGACCGACAUCAUCGACCACAGCUUCGCCGUGGAGUGGAUGCAGGACUUUGAGGUUUUUCAGGACGCUCUGAACCAGGAGACCUCAUACGUCAGCAACCUGACGCGCUCCAUGAGUCUGGUUCUGGACGAGUUCUACACAAACCUGAGGGUGGUGGGUGUAUCUGCAGUUACUGGAAGCGGAUUGGAUGAGCUGUUUGUGCAGGUGGAGGACGCUGCCCAGGAGUACGAGAGGAACAGCAUGUUUGUUUUUUCUGCAGUGACGGAGGAGAGCAAAGAGGGCGACGCCUUUGGAAACUUCUUGACGGAGAGGCGGGAGGUGGUCCAGGUCCGAAACAGAAAGUGUGAGAUGCCUGAGGGGCCGUGACCUCUGACCUCUGCAUCCUGAUGUAACACUCUACCAUGAAGAAAAGCAUUGUCAGAAUGCAGGCGAGGGAAAUGAAAAAGCUCCAAAAGAGACAGACGAUCGCUCGGAGCAGAAACUGUGGAGCUGCAGCCGACUCGUCAUGAGAGGUUGUUGUUUUUCUCCUCCGACGCUCCGAUAUGAAACCUGAACUCAAACGUUCAUGUCGCUCGUUCAGACGAGCAGAAUGGCCGCUCGUCCCAGACGCUCCUUCCCUCAAAGAGAGUUAUAUUUUUAUAUCAGAAAAGACUCUUCUAUUCUACUUCUGUGUUUUUUCAAUGGUGUCGAUCUUUGUUUGUGAAUUUAUGAUUUCAAAAUAAAAGCUUUUAGUUGAAAACGUG